AUGCUCAGGGGUGGAUGUGUCUACAGAACUGCCAGCUGGAAGGAGGUGGCACGGGAACUCCCGGGUGAUACUCUCGGCCUCACACCCGUGGGGAUGGUGCCAAAGACGCUGCAGGGAUCCCCGAGGCUGGGCAAGCUGGAGGAAGGACGAACACCCCCAGAUCUAUCCAGGACCUCUCCUGGCAUCGCCCUCGGCCCUGAGUUUCCUCGCCAGUCACCAACAACGGCAGCAGCAGCGGCCGCCAUGGCCAAGCCCAGCGCGGAGCUCACCCGCGAGCUGCAAGACAGCAUCAGGAGGUGCUUAAGCCAAGGGGCUGUGCUCCAACAACAUCGGGUGAAGCUGGAGACGAAGCCCAAGAAGUUUGAGGAUCGAGUUCUGGCCCUGACCUCCUGGCGCCUCCAUCUCUUCCCCCUUAAAGUCCCAGCCAAGGUGGAGAGCUCCUUCAAUGUCCUAGAAAUCCGCGCCUUCAAUACGCUCAGUCAGAACCAGAUCCUAGUGGAGACAGAGCGUGGCCUGGUGAGCAUGCGGCUCCCAUCGGCUGAGAGUGUGGACCAGGUGACACGACAUGUGAGCUCUGCCCUCUCCAAGGUCUGCCCUGGCCCUGGGUGUCUAAUCCGUCGUGGAAAUGCUGACACCCCAGAAGGGCCCCGAGACACGUCCCCUAACUCUGAGACUUCCACAUCGACCACUCACAGUGUCUGUGGUGGCUUCUCCGAGACCUAUGCUGCCCUGUGUGACUACAACGGACUGCACUGCCGUGAGGAGGUGCAAUGGGAUGUGGACACCAUCUAUCAUGCCGAGGAUAACCGGGAGUUCAAUCUUUUGGAUUUCAGCCACUUGGAAAGCCGAGACUUGGCCCUAAUGGUGGCAGCCCUGGCCUACAACCAGUGGUUCACCAAACUCUACUGCAAGGAUCUGCGGCUGGGCUCUGAAGUGUUAGAACAGGUGCUACAUACCCUGAGCAAGUCGGGGAGCCUCGAAGAGCUGGUGCUGGACAAUGCCGGGCUUAAGACGGACUUUGUCCAGAAGCUGGCCGGGGUGUUUGGGGAGAACGGGAGCUGUGUGCUGCAUGCCCUCACUCUGUCCCACAACCCCAUCGAGGACAAGGGUUUCCUCAGUCUGAGUCAACAGCUCCUCUGCUUCCCCACUGGCCUCACCAAACUGUGCCUGGCCAAGACUGCCAUUUCCCCUCGAGGGCUCCAGGCACUGGGCCAGACCUUCGGGGCCAACCCAGCCUUUGCCAGCUCCCUUCGAUACCUGGACCUGAGCAAGAACCCUGGGCUGCUCGCCACAGAUGAGGCCAAUGCCCUCUACAGUUUCCUGGCCCAGCCUAAUGCUCUGGUGCACCUGGACCUGGCAGGAACCGACUGCGCCAUUGACUUGCUUCUGGGAGCCCUGCUCCAUGGCUGCUGCUCCCACCUAACCUACCUCAACCUGGCACGCAACAGCUGCUCCCACAGGAAGGGCCGAGAGGCCCCGCCGGCCUUCAAGCAGUUCUUCAGCAGCGCCUACACACUGAGCCACGUCAACCUGUCGGCCACGAGGCUGCCCCUGGAGGCCCUCAGGGCACUGCUCCAGGGCCUCUCCCUCAACAGUCACCUCAGUGAUCUGCACCUGGACCUCAGCAGCUGUGAGCUCCGCUCAGCAGGAGCCCAGGCUUUGCAGGAGCAGCUGGGGGCUGUCACCUGUGUGGGCAGCCUGGAUCUGUCAGACAAUGGGUUCGACUCGGACCUCCUGACACUGGUGCCCGCACUUGGCAAGAACAAGUCCCUCAAGCACCUGUUCCUGGGCAAGAACUUCAAUGUCAAGGCCAAGACCCUGGAGGAGAUCCUCCACAAGCUGGUGCAACUGAUCCAAGAAGAGGACUGUUCCCUGCAGUCACUGUCAGUGGCGGACUCAAGGCUGAAGCUCCGCACCAGCAUCCUCAUCAAUGCCCUGGGCAGCAACACCUGCCUGGCUAAGGUGGAUCUGAGUGGCAAUGGCAUGGAAGACAUCGGGGCCAAGAUGCUGUCUAAGGCCCUGCAGAUAAACUCCUCCCUCAGAACCAUCCUAUGGGAUCGAAACAACACAUCUGCCCUGGGCUUUCUGGACAUCGCAAGGGCCCUGGAGAGCAACCACACACUGCGCUUCAUGUCCUUCCCCGUGAGUGACAUCUCCCAAGCCUACCGCAGCGCCCCGGAGCGCACCGAGGAUGUCUGGCAGAAGAUCCAGUGGUGCUUGGUGAGGAACAACCACUCCCAGACAUGCCCUCAGGAGCAGGCCUUCAGGCUGCAGCAGGGCCUGGUGACCAGCAGCGCCGAGCAAAUGCUGCAGCGGCUGUGUGGCCGGGUGCAGGAGGAGGUUCGGGCCCUGAGGCUGUGCCCCCUGGAGCCUGUGCAGGAUGAGCUGCUUUAUGCUCGGGACCUGAUCAAGGACGCCAAAAACUCACGGGCGCUGUUUCCCAGCCUCUAUGAGCUGGGCCAUGUGCUGGCCAAUGACGGGCCUGUACGGCAGAGGCUGGAGUCAGUUGCCAGUGAGGUGUCCAAGGCUGUGGACAAGGAACUGCAGGUGAUCCUGGAGUCGAUGGUCAGCCUUACACAGGAGUUAUGUCCUGUGGCCAUGCGAGUGGCUGAGGGACACAACAAGAUGCUGAGCAAUGUGGCUGAGCGCGUCACUGUGCCCCGGAACUUCAUCCGAGGGGCGCUGCUGGAGCAGGCAGGACAGGACAUUCAGAACAAGCUGGAUGAAGUAAAGCUCUCAGUCGUCACCUACUUGACCAACUCCAUAGUGGACGAGAUCCUGCAGGAGCUGUACCACUCCCACAAGAGCCUGGCCCGGCACCUGGCCCAGCUAAAGACACUAUCAGAUCCACCAUCGGGGCCAGGCCAAGGGCAGGAUCCGUCCUCCCGGGGCCGAGGCCGGAACCAUGACCAUGAGGAGACCACAGAUGAUGAACUUGGGACCAACAUCGACACCAUGGCCAUCAAAAAGCAGAAACGCUGCCGCAAGAUCCGGCCAGUGUCCGCCUUCAUUAGUGGGAGCCCUCAGGACAUGGAAAGCCAGCUGGGGAGCCUGGGGAUCCCCCCUGGCUGGUUCUCAGGACUCGGAAGCAGCCAGCCCACAGGCAGUGGCUCCUGGGAGGGUCUAUCCGAGCUGCCCACUCAUGGCUAUAAACUAAGGCAUCAAACACAAGGCAGGCCUCGGCCCCCCAGGACCACACCUCCAGGACCUGGUCGGCCCAGUGUGCCAAUAACUGGGACCCGACAGGAGAAUGGGAUGGCCACCCGCCUGGAUGAGGGGCUGGAGGAUUUUUUCAGCCGAAGGGUCAUGGAUGAAAGCUCCAGCUACCCCCGGACUCUGCGGACCCUGCGGCCGGGCCUCUCAGAGCCGCCGCUGCCUCCACUCCAGAAGAAGAGACGCAGAGGCCUGUUUCACUUUCGCCGGCCCCGGAGCUUCAAGGGGGAUAGGGGGCCAGGGUCCCCCACCACUGGGCUCCUCCUCCCUCCACCCCCACCCCCACCCCCAACUCAGGAGAGCCCCCCAAGCCCAGAUCCCCCCAGCCUUGGCAAUAAUUCCUCCCCCUGUUGGAGCCCAGAGGAGGAGAGCGGCCCCCUCCCUGGAUUUGGGGGGAGCCGGGGGCCUUCCUUCCGCAGGAAGAUGGGCACUGAGGGGGCGGAGCCAGGGGAGGGGGGCCUGGCCCCUGGGACGGCACAUCAGCCAAGGGUCCAUGGUGUUGCCCUUCCUGGGUUGGGAAGAGCCAAGGGUUGGAGCUUCGACGGGAAACGAGAGGGUACAGGCCCAGACCUGGAGGGCAGUGUCCAGGCUUGGCAGAAACGGCGCUCUUCAGACGAUGCAGGGCCGGGAGCCUGGAAGCCCCCACCACCACCCCAAAGCACCAAGCCAAGCUUCAGCGCCAUGCGCCGAGCAGAAGCCACAUGGCACAUAGCUGAGGAGAGUGCCCCCAACCACAGCUGCCAGAGCCCCAGCCCAGCCUCUCAGGACGGGGAGGAGGAAAAGGAGGGGGCCCAAUUCCCAGAGAGGACCGUUCCCACUAGGAAUGCCAAGCUGCAGGACCCCCCUUUAGCUUCACGACCCCCCAAGCCAGUGGCUGUGCCCCGGGGCCGCCGGCCCCCCCAGGAGCCAGGGGGCAGGGAGGAGGCUGAGGCUGGGAGUGCAGUCCUAGGAAUGAACAAACCCCGGCUGAGGCUGGGCUCACAGCAGGAUCAAGAGGAGACCGAGGUCCAAGGGCCCCCAGAUCCAGGCCGCCGGACUGCCCCCCUGAAGCCCAAGAGGACGCGGCGGGCACAGUCCUGUGACAAGCUGGAGCCUGACAGAAGGCAGCCCCCUGACCCCACAGCAGGAACCAGUGAGCCAGGAACAGACUGACAGCCGCUACAGCACCCUGCCCAGCCCUCCUCUCAACAUGUGCCUCACAAGGACUCAGACCCCCACCCACCCCCCACACCUCCAGGCCCCUCUGCCAGCCCAUCCCCCAGGGGCAGGAUGGCAGGAUGAGGCCUGGGGACAGGAGGUGGGGGACAGGAUGGGAGGGAGCAACCUGGAGAGAGGGAGGCAGAGCUUGGGGCAGGGCCGUCUCCUCUCCUGGAAGGGCAGAUCUGUCCCUCUAUCCCCAGGGACUCUCUCCCUCCUUGUAUAGAAUAAAAAAAACAAAAUCA